UUGGUCAGUGCGCCUGGACUCAGUAUCAAGGACCCCAUCCCCCCACUUCCCAGGCCACCAGCCACCGCCACCCCCCUCCUGCCGGACUCGAAAGGCACCAGCGCGCCCACAGGCAGCCCCAAACCCCUGCAGCCCUUCCCCACACCCAUCCUGACCAUCGCCCAGCACCACGUGGUCCAGCAGCCCAUUCAGCCCCAGCUGCCGCCCCCGCAGCCGCCUCCCCCCACAGCACUGGCCGCUCUGAAGUUGGCACCGGCUGAGGAGGUGAAGCCCAGCGAGCAGAAGAAGCGGCCUGGAGGGAUCGGGACCCGAGAAGUCCACAACAAAUUGGAGAAGAACAGGCGGGCCCACCUGAAGGAGUGCUUUGAGACUCUGAAGCGGAACAUCCCCAACGUGGAUGACAAGAAAACCUCGAAUCUGAGCGUCCUCCGAAGUGCCCUGAGAUACAUUCAGACGCUGAAACGGAAGGAGAAGGAGUAUGAGCACGAGAUGGAGCGGCUCGCCCGGGAGAAGAUCGCCACCCAGCAGCAGCUGACCGAGCUGAAACACGAGCUCAGCCAGUGGAUGGACGCCCUAGAGAUGGAGCGGGUGCUGCGGCAGGCAGGGCAGCCCGAGGAUGACCAGGCCUCCACCUCCACGGCCUCAGAAGGUGAGGACAACAUGGACGAGGACAUGGAGGAUGACCGCUCGGGCUUGGGGCUGCCCAAGCUGAGCCAGCGGCCUCAACCCGAGCUCCUGAAGCCGGCUCCCCUGCCUCCUAGCACGGGCCCC